ACGUAACUUCCGUUUAAAGAUGGCCGCGCGCUGACAAAUGUCACAUUACAUCUGCAGAUGAGAAAAUCGAAAUAUAAGCUGAAAACUACCGCCUAAACUAGUAGAAAACUACAUCGACGCUCGACAAGACUUGUCACCGCUUAAUUCAACAUCCGUGGAGGUAUUUUGUUCUUUUUCGACCAUUUUGAACCGCGUAUAUUAAAGUGUUUGUCCUGUUAGCUGUGAGCAUACGCUUGGUACACAACAUGCAGACAUUUAAGAACACAUCAGGAUUAUUAAGUUUAUCAUACAUAUGUUUGACUCUAUACUGGGGUCAUUUACAAAGACAGCCUCUUGUGUACACUUUGGUCUGGCGGUAAUAGUUUGUCUUUUUCAGGAUAUUCCAGCUAUCAACAUGGUCCAUUUAUGUGAGUAUAACUCUAGAUUUGAUUUUGUUUGUGUGUUUAUUCGUGGUCAAUUGUUGUCUGAGAACAAGUGCUUUUGGUGUGUUAUUACCUUGUUAUGAGGUCAGUAGAUCUCCUCAGGUUCAGUCCACUUUGGCCGCUGUCCUCCAGGACCGUCAUGUUUCUACAAGAGCCGAAAGGGGACAAACUAAACUUUUGGCUUUUUAACGUUUUGGCGCCAUUUUCGGGGUGACGCUUGUAAUUUUAGGGGCGUGGUCGUCACACAUUCGUAACUUUGAACCACUCCGAAGGAUGUCACCAAUCUACACCGUAGACUGUAAAUACUAUGGAUAACUUGGUUCCGCCUUCCGCCAGUUCACGGAUUUGAAGCCGAGAAGCUCUCCGUAUUUCCGCGGUUUUUUUUUACCAUUUCCUGAAGUUAACAUUGCGCGCCGCAUGCGCAGUAGCAUUGUACGCAUUAGGCGGGAGAGUCGCUGUGAUGACGCUCGGCUCAAGCAGCGUAGGUCGCGAUUUUUUUUUCCGUAGGAUGGUAGGGGAAGGUCCCGCCCUCCUUCGCCUCUGAUUGGCUAGAAGUGCUGGGCUCUGAUUUCCAUCUGUAUUAUAUAUUCUGUUUUGAACUGAAAAUCGAAAAACAACCACUACUCUUUUUGUUUUUUGGUUAUAUAGAAAAACAAACAAAAUAUUGACUCGUUCUUUCGUUUACUAGAUUGAAUGAAAUAAUUGAAUGGUCGGUAAUACACAGACCGUUAUUCCUUAUGGCUGUGAAACGUCAUCUUCUGUCGGGUUAGGGUUAGGAUAUUAAGAAUUCCUGUUCUGUUCUGUUCUGUUCUGUUCUGUUCGAUGUACAGAGCCGACAGUUCGCGCUCGGCUUGAGCGUGUGAUGAUGUUUCACAGCCAUAAGGAAUAACCGAUCAGAGCCUAGCUUUUCUAGCGAAUCAGAGGCGAAGGAGGCGGGGCCGAGCCAAUCCUACCAUCUUACGAAAAAAAAUAAGCCUCUGAAAACAUACCGGGAAAUGACGCUUAACCCAUUUAUUUUCACUUAACACAGUGUGUAACAACAACUCCACAUUUGUUUCUAUUAAUAAUGCUAACCUUGUUUGUUUUCUCCUGCAGCUUCACUCCUGCUGAAGCAGUACCACGGGGGCUACGUCGUCAUCCGAUUUGCUCGUGCCGGCCAUAAUCAACCCAACAGACCAUUUUAUCGUAUUGUGGCGGCAUUCAACAAAAAAGCAAGAGACGGCAAAUAUCUUGAGCAGCUGGGGACUUAUGACCCCCUCCCGAACAUCCACAAUGAGAAACUUGUCAGCUUCAACUUUGACCGGAUCAAGUACUGGAUAGGCUGUGGCGCACAUCCUUCGAAGUCAGUCUGCAAACUGUUGGGUAUGUAUUCUCUUGCUGAAAGUGUUUCUUUUUUUGCUUGUUUGUCCAUCUGUCCUUUUUUUUGCUCAGUUCCAUUUCUGUCUGUUUGAGAUAAAGAAGGAAAUUGAUAACUUUUAAGUAAAAUUCAUGUGGAGGAAAGUUUUUUUGUGUUGAUUAGUUUUUAAUUUCUUUACAUCUGUACUUUAUGGUAUUAUUAAUGAUGACUAUUGUCUUCACUAGGCCCUCAGCCAUUUGGUUAAUUUGACAAAGAUUUGACAAAAUUUUCAUGAUUAUGAUGGAUCUUGUUUUUCCAUUCUCGUGUCUUUCGGCAGGGUUGGCAGGAUUUUUCCCUUUGCACCCCAUGACUGUCACAGAGGCAGAGCGCAGGAGAGCACAGGCAGCACUGACUGCACAGACAGAAACCUCAGCAGAGGCUGAGGACAGUCCAGAGCAGCCAGAGAAGGAUGCUGAAGUGUAAAAGUUAACCUUUGAACUGUGUGCAAUUGUGCAUUAAAGAAGGACGUUACAGUUAUUCGGGAAGACAACUGACCGGUUUUCUCCUUCAUGUUGGAUGGACGGCGGCUCGUAUCAACAUUUGGUAUCAGAACGUGCGUUUUGGCUGCUUUAGUGGCAGCCUUAGAAAACAUGUUAUUGUCUUUGAUAAAACUGACUAAUGGAAGAGCUCCUGGGAGGGUGUGUCCUGUUGUAUUUGAGUUGAAUAAAAUAUAUCAAUGUUGCAUUUGUUUUUUUUUCAAUAUCUAGCUCCGCCUUUUACAGAGGUUUGAAAUUAAAAAUCUGACAAGAUGC